AAGGCCUCAGAAAGACUAAACCACCCCCCCCACCCCUCUCUCUCUCUCUCUCUCCCCGAGAAGGCCAAAGAAAAGACUCCUGCUGGAAGAACUGCGCCCAAAUCGGGAGUGCUGUUUGUGACCAAGAAAGAAAGAACGCGGUGGAUUUUAUUUUCUUGGCUGCGUGAGGAAAUUUUCUAGUAAUGAAUAAUCUUUCAAAAUCCUUCUCGCUUCUUCAUGUGGAUGCUGAAGAUGAUAAGGAACAAAUAGUCUCACUUACAGUUGCCAAGGAUAAGAACCACGCCACAAAAUCAGAUAAAGAUAAGAAGAAAGGUGAAUUGUCAGGGAAAACCACAACUCCAAAACUUGAUAAAGUAAAUGAGGGAAGUCUUUCAUUAUCUUCGGGAGACUACAGAAUGCCCCUUGUAUGGAUUGACUUGGAAAUGACAGGUUUGAAUAUUGAAGUUGAUCGGAUAUUGGAGAUUGCUUGUGUUAUAACAGAUGGUAAACUAGCCAAAUCAGUAGAGGGUCCAGAUUUGGUUAUUAUCCAGACUAAGGAGUGCUUGGAUAACAUGGGCCAAUGGUGUCGGGACCAUCAUGCAGCUAGUGGUUUGACUGAGAAAGUGCUACAGAGUAAUAUUACUGAAAACGAUGCAGAGACCCAGGUUAUUGACUUUGUCAAGAAACACGUAGGCUCAGAUACACCACUUUUAGCUGGAAAUUCUGUUUAUGUGGACUUUUUGUUCUUAAAGAAAUAUAUGCCAAAUCUGGCAGCUAUCUUCCCGCAUGUACUUGUUGAUGUAAGCAGCAUCAUGGCUUUGUGCAUCCGUUGGUUUCCCAAAGAAAAAAGAAGAGCACCUGCAAAGGAAAAGAAGCAUAGAGCUAUGGAUGAUAUCAAAGAGAGCAUAAGGGAACUCAGAUACUACAAGGAAAGCAUUUUUAAAGCACCAAAUAAGUCCAAAUAGUAACUAAAAUAAGAUUUCUGUACUGCAAUACCUGAUUGCCAAUUUAAGUCAACAUUGAAGGGGAAAAUUUGUUCGAAACUGUCAGUGACAUUGGAAGGCAUUAGCUUUUGCUAGUUGAAUGAUUCAACUGCCCAUGGAAUUCCUACUGAUUAGUUGAUGACCGGGUGGCUUGUUGCAUGAUACCUGUCGUUUGUUGGAGAUCAUAUUUAGAUGUAUUAUUGUGUAAAGCAGGAAAAAAAAAUAAAGUAGUUUUCAUCUGUAAAGUGUCUUUCUGGGCACGGUAAGCUUUUUGCUUGCUAUGUUGCGACUUCUUCACAUUGUAUUUUGUGUGGUUUUGGAAGGAUAUAAGUCUGUCGUGGGUCCUAGGCCAGCUACGCUUGUCAGGUGUCGAGCGGCCUUCAAACAAAAGCCCUGCUUGAUAUUUCAGAUGGGGAUCAUGGACCUGCAAGCUCUUUCCUUUCAAGGGGAUGAUGCCCUUACUGCUAGCCAGAAAUAUGGGAAAAAAAUAAUUAUUUGGUUGCGUGCUA